AUUUUUAAGGUUAGAUCACAUUUAACUUUAAGCAACAAAAGUUCAGUGAUUGUUCAAUGUUUCGGUUUAACAAAAAAUCCAUCAAAUGGAAAUUAUUUACUUGUAAUGAGAGGAAUGGAUGUAAAUUUAAGAGAAUUUUUACAACAAAAUCAUAAUCAACUUACAUGGAAUGAAAGAAUUAGAAUUACUUAUGAAAUAAUUGAAGCACUUUAUUAUAUUCAUGAAGAGAAUUCAACUCACAGAGAUUUGCAUUCUGGAAAUAUAUUAUAUUCCCAUUUUAAUGAUGAAAUUAGUGAUCUAGGAUUUUGUGGUCCUGCAGACAAACCAUCAACAAGUAUAUAUGGAAAUCUUCCUUACAUAGCACCUGAAGUUAUUAUUGGAAGAGGAUAUACUUUUAAAUCUGAUAUUUAUAGUAUUGCAAUGCUUAUGUGGGAAAUUUCAUUUGGACAACCUCCAUUUAUGAAUUAUGAACAUGAUUGUAUUCUUGCAAUUAAUAUUAUUGAUGGUAUAAGACCAAAAAUUAUAUCAGAAAUUCCUUCAAAAUAUAAAAGUUUAAUGGAACAAUGUUGGAAUGCUAAUCCAUUAAAAAGACCUGAAACUCGUGCACUUUUGGAAAAAAUCAGAGAAAUUAAAACAUAUUAUCAAAAUAAUUCAAAUGAAUUACCUCAAUUAAUAGCAAAAGUAGAUAAAGAAAAAAUUAACAUGUAUAGUAAAUCAUUUACAAGUAAAAUUUAUAAAUUUGAAAACCUACCUGAACCAAAAAAUGCAACAGAAGAAGAACAAAAAGCAUUUUAUAUCAGUAGAUCAUAUGAUUUUAGUAUUUCUAGUAAUGCUAGUAAUCUUAGUAAAUCGAGUAAUCAAUAUAUACCAAUUAGUUCCAAUGAUAAUGAUAGUAAAGAAUCACCAAGAUUAUCCAAAAAAUUAAAAAUAGAGAAUGGUAAAGCCUUAAAAUAUUUAUUUAUUUAUCAAUCCUAAUUUU